GCAACUGCAGCCCUACGGACACAUCUAACAGCGCCACCUGGUGUCAUCCCGCUGCAACUGCAGCCAUACGGACACAUCAAACACAGCGCCACCUGGUGUUCCUUCAGCUGUAACUGCAAACACAUAGAGACAUCUAACGUAGCGACACCUGGUGUCCCUUCCGCUGUAACUGCAAGUCACCUGUGCCGCAGCGACACCUGGUAUCCGUUCACUCCAACUGCAGCCACUCAGAUACAUCUACCGCAGCGCCACCGGGUGUUUUGCCAUUGUAACAGCAGCCUUAACGUCACAUGUCCCGCAGCGCCACCUAGUGUCCUCCUGCUGUAGCUACAGCAACAACGUAACAUGUCUAGCAGCGCAGUGUCCGCCCACGGUAUCUGCAGCCCAAUGCAACUGUACGUCAGAGCAGCGUCACCUAAUACCCCGCCCACUAAUCCGGCAAUCCCGCCCCCGUAAUAUCCGCGAGUGUCGGCCAUAUGGUGACAGUGGUAAGCACCGCCCCCUGCUCACGUGACACCGUUGCCUGGUGAUUCCCCGAUGCCUGCCGGGUGCCCCGUAUCGUAGCAACGGUGCCAACAAAGAUGGCGUCCAAAGAGGAGGCAGCUGGGACAGCUAUGGCCAGCCAUAGAGAUGCUGCAAGUGAAGAUAAAAGUGCCGAAGACUCACUUCUCACUGACUCUGUGGAUAAAGAACAUAAUGAAGUAGAUACAUCUGCCCAGGAGUCAACCAUCGAUGACCAGGUUGCAGAAUCAUCCUCUGGGGAAGACCCUAACCUAGCAGAGGAACCUAACCCAGCAGAGGAACCUAACCCAGCAGAGGAACCUAACCUAGCAGAGGAACCUAACCUAGCAGGAGAUCCUAACCUAGAAGAGAAUGCUAACCUAGCAGAGGAAACUAACCUAGCAGUAGAUGCUACCUUAGCAGAGAAACCAAAUCUAGCAGAGGAACCUAAUCUUGUAAAGGAGACUAACCCAACAAAGGAACCUAACCUAGCAGAGGAAUCUAACUUAGCAGAAGAUGCUAGCCUAGCAGAGGAACCUAACCUAGUAGAGGAAUCUAACCUAGCAGGAGAACCUAACUUAGCAGAGGAACCUAAUCUUGUAAAGGAGACUAACCCAGUAAAGGAAUCUAUCCUAGCAGAGGAGACUAAUGUAGCAGAGGAACCUAACCUAGCAGAGGAGUCUAAUCUAGCAGAGGAGACUAACCUUGCAGAGGAACCUAACUUAGCAGAAGAUGCUAACCUAGCAGGAGAUCGUAACCUAGAAGAGAAACCUAACCUAGCAGAGGAACCUAACCUAGGAGAUCCUAACCUAGAAGAUAAACCUAACCUGUCAGAAGAUACUAACCUAGCAGAGGAACCUCACCUAACAGAGGAAUCUAACCUAGCCGAAGAUGCUAACCUAGCAGAGGAACCUAACCUGGUAGAAGAAACUAAACUGUCAGAAGACACUAACCUAGCAGAAGGUCCUAAACCUGUAGAAGAUGAAGAGGAGACAGUAGAACAGACAGAGGAUACAAUACCAGAGGACUUUUUCUAUGAUUAUGAUAGCAUCUGCUCCCAGCCUUACAUCUCGCCAGACUCAGGAAUCCCUGGCACAGUCCUUCAAUUACUACAUUCUUUUGGUUAUGACUGCACCAGACGGGCAAAUCUCCACUUACUGGAUGACCAGACCUUGCUGUAUAUUGCUGGCACAAUGAGCGUCAUCCUUACGCUGAACACUAAGGAGCAGAAAUAUCUGAGAAGCAGCAGUGGGAGGGGGAUUGGCGGCGUGGCGGUCCAUCCCAGCAGGAAAUACUUUGCAGUAGCAGAGAAAGGAGACAAACCAAACAUUAUCCUUUAUGAAUUCCCAUCUCUGAGGCCUUUCCGGAUACUCCGAGGAGGCACAGAGGAAGCCUACACCUUUGUAGAUUUUAAUAUGUCUGGCAGCCUUCUGGCCAGUGUGGGCAGCAGCCCGGAUUACAUGCUAACCAUCUGGGACUGGAAGAAUGAAAGAAUUAUGUUACGGUCCAAGGCGUUUUCUCAAGAUGUGUUCCAAGUCACCUUCUCACCAGAGAACGAGGAGCAGCUCACCACCUGUGGGACGGGACAUAUCAAAUUUUGGAAAAUGGCUCGCACAUUUACUGGCCUAAAGCUACAGGGAGAACUGGGGAGAUUCGGGAAGACCACGCUUACGGACAUACAGGGAUACAUUGAGCUGCCCGAUGGGAAGGUGAUAUCUGGGUCUGAAUGGGGCAACAUGCUGCUCUGGGAAGGUGGUCUCAUCAAGGUGGAGAUUUGUAGAAGAGGAUACAAGCCUUGCCAUAAUGGUCCUAUUAACCAGUUUGUCCUGGAUGAGGGCGAGCUUAUCACCAUUGGCGCUGACGGCCGUGUUAAGGUCUGGGAUUUUGAGACAGUGGACACUGCUGAUACUAUCGAUGACACCGGUCUUCUGGAGAUGGAGCCGAUGAACGAGCUUCUGGUUGGGAAGCAUGUCAAUCUUCAUUAUAUGGUUAAGACAUGGGAGAAUGACUCUCCCAUGUGGUAUGCUCAGGAUGCCAAUGGUGGAAUAUGGAAGCUGGACCUGUCCUUUUCCAAUAUAACCCAGGACCCGGAAUGUCUGUUCUCCUUUCACUCAGGCAGGAUCAAAGCUCUGGAUGCGUCUCCAUCAACGUAUCUUAUGGCCACUACGUCUCUCGACCGAUCGGUGAGAAUCUACGACUUUGUCGGGAAGGUUCCUCUGGUGGACAUGAAGUUCAAGAAAGGAGGCACGUCCCUGAUAUGGGCGCCGCGCAUGGUAAAUCCUAAAGGCGGCCUGUUUGCAGUGGGGUUUGAGGACGGAGUUGUGCGUAUCCUGGAGGUGUACAAUGCGCUUGGUAUGAGGCUCGUUGCCGGACGUGGCGGCACACAGGACGCCACAAUAAGCCUGAAACAAGCAUUCAAACCGCACAACGCACCUGUCACCGCUCUGGCGUACGAACGCAAUGGAGAGAUCCUCGCCACUGGGAGCUCAGACAGAACCGUCUUCUUCUUCGCUGUUGGGGACGUCUAUAAGCCCAUUGGAUUUGUACGCUUGCCAGGACCAGUCAGGGAAAUGCACUGGUCUCCACCGACACACGAGGAGAACACACUGCUGGUUCUGUGUGAGAACGGAUUCGCCGUUCAGAUUCCAUCUCCCGCUGCUGAGCAGCCGGAUCCUAUCUCCACCUAUGAGAUCUCUAACCUUCCUCUACGUUACUUCCGAUUCAGCAGCAUCAAGUCAAAGAUUGAGAGGGAGGAGCAGCUGGCCCGCAUACAGAAGAAGCGGGAGCAGAAACAGAAGGAGCGAGAAGCCUGGAUACAGCAGCAGAAGGAGCGGGGAGUAGAGCUGACAGAGGAAGACCUGGAGCCGAUGUCGGAUGAUGAGGAGGACAAGCUGCCAGAGCUAUAUGUUCCGAAAGAACCCAGUCCUGUUCUCUGUGGCUUCUACGCCACUGCCGGGAAGUUCUGGCUGUCCUUGGAUGGGUACGACGCAGGGUUCCUCUACCUCUGUGAGUUUACAGAUGGAGAACAUCAAUCUGAAGAUCCCUCUAUGAGAAGGGACGAACCACUGAGGGCUCUGCCCAUGGAAAGUACCGACACCAACCCAAUCCACAGAAUGCACUUCAGCUCCAACAAGCAGCUGCUCUUCUGCGGGAUGCAGGACGGGGCGGUGCGGGUCUAUCCACUUCAGCCCAAUGAUUCUUUACUUACCUCCAUGAGCAAUUACUGGUCCCUCGGCAUCCAUGAUAACCAAUAUGGUGCCAUCCGAGCAGUCAGCUCCAGCUAUGAUGACCAGUAUCUGGUAACCUGCGGAGCGGAUGGCAAUAUAUUCACCUUCAGGAUCCUCUCCAUGGAAGACAUUGAGCGAAAUCUGAGUCUGAAGAAAGCAAAAGUGCCAUCACCUAGGAGUAACCUGGAGACAGAGAAACCCGCGGAGGAUAUUGAGGAUCCCAAUGCUUACAGCAUAGAGAUUGCCAAACAGAAGCGUCAAUACGAUCUGCUCCUGAAACAAGGCGAGGAGAAGAAGGCCAGCAAGAGACAGCAGCUUGCCAUGUUGAGAAACGAGUUCCGGCUCAUACUGCGGAAGAAUACGGAGCUGCCUGCUCACAUGCAGCUGGGCAGAGUGGAGUUUGAGAUGGAUCACCGGAUCCGGGAGGAGUUAGAACGGCAGACAUCAGAAAGGAUCCGUACCGCGCUGAAGGAACUGGCGUGGGAGCAGGAGAAACAUAACAUAGGCCUGAAGAAGCUGCAGGCUCGGUUCCGGGAUAAGGUGGAAUAUGAUAUGGUGACAGUCCGCGCCAUCAGCACCGAGCACCAGGUGACCACAUACAGACUUCUGUUUCUGUCGGAGAAGCACUACAGGGUAAAGGGGAUGAUUGGAAAGAGAAGGGCCACCCGCUAUGACCUGCUUCUGAAAGGGGCAGAGCUGCCUAAAGAGACCCGCGACUCAGCAGCUAUAGGAGGAGAGAGCGAGCUUGGUGAUGUGACGCAGGGACAGAAGCAAAAGCAGCAGUGGGUUGGAAGGCGCACCGAGGGGCGCGUGGAGAGAAUCCGGAAGAUCCUCGAGAAAACUGAGAAAAUAAAAUUCAAAAUAUUACAGAGAAAGAAGGAGUGGAAUGAGCUGUACAAAACUAAGCCCAGUGAGGAUUAUGAGGACCCACAGGAUGUUUUGGCUAUUAAAAAUGCCAAAGAGAAUAUGGGAGACUUUAAAUUGAAGACGGCGGAAGAUUAUACUGUACCUGAGCAAUUGCGUAUAAACGCUGAAAGGAAAAGGAACGAAUUGGCAGUGCUGGAAAGCAUGAUACAUGAGCAGAAAUCGACCAUCAACCGCUCCAUCCUGGCACUUCGAGAUCUCAAGGUGGAGACCAUAGAAAAGAUGAAGCAUUUGGUAGGAGAAGUGAGAGAUAUCCAGCUGGAACUGGACCCUUCCAAACACCUCUCCAUCCCGAUGGUCCCUUCUAUGUACCCGGAUGAGACACCGGAGAAGAAGUUCCAGUACAACAGCGAGACGCUGAGGAGAUUCCAGUUGGAGCAGGAACGCCGUGUUCAGGCUCCGCAGGUAGCAGAGGAUGGAGGGUUUGGCGAGUUCGGUGGGUUUGGAGGAAAACAAGCUACAGUCAGCUUAUCGGAGUCACCUUCCAGACCAUCCACCACGACCACUACCAGGUCCUACAGUUCCGUGUCUCCCCGAAGAAGACAGAAACAAGACUCAGAGUUGUCAGACCUAGAAAGGGAGAUGCUACAGAUAGAAGAAAUCAAGACUUUGUAUAAGCAGGAAAACCUCAUAAAGCAGAUUAACAAGCUGGUGAGUGAUUUUGACGCCGAACUCCGCCUCCUGCGACACAAGAAGAUGCAUUUGGAUGUGAAGAUGAAAAUGGCCGACCUGAGGCACGUUACGGUCUUUGAGGAGCUGCUACUGUUGAAGGAAUUUGAGAAACGUGAGGACAGCCUACAGGAGAAAGUCAGCGAGCGAGUCUCCGAGUUGGAAGAAAUUAAGAGGAAGUCUGAGGAUUACCUGCAGCAGCUGGAGACCAAGAAGAAGGACAUAAUGAAGUUGCAGGAGAAGGAGAAGACCUUAGAGUCAACCUUCCAGACCUCCCUGGGCGAGAACCACAAAUUUACCACAUUCCUUACCAAAGUCUUCAAGAAGAAGAUGAAGCGUACUAAGAAGAAGGAGGUGCUCGGAGACGAACAGGAAGAUGAGGGCAGUGAUGAAGAAUCGGAUGAGGAGUCCACCUAUGAAAGCGAUGAAGAGGAAACGGAGUCGGAAGAGGGCGUCUUUGAUGACUCUGUUUGCCCAGACAACUGCGACCCUGAGCUGUUCAGCAACACCCUACAACUGCGGGAAAACCGCUUGGACAUUGAGGAGGCUCUGACAGAAGAGAAGAAGGUUGUGGACAAUCUGAAGAAGGAGUGCGACACUUUGGCCAAAAAGAUUAAGAUUGUGGAAGUGACCCUGAAGACAGCAGAGGAGGAGCUGGAGGCUUUCCAGAGGGAGAAACAGAAGAAGCUAAAUGAGCUGCAUGUGGUGGUUCCACUAAAGCUGCACCAGGUGGAUUACGUGAUCAACGGAGAGAUCCCCAGCGACUUGUCCCAGGCUCUGGUCUUCACCGACCAUUCCCUGGAGGGUCUGCAGCAUCGGAUCAGGGAGCUGCAGCUGGAGAAGGUGGAGAAGAGAGAGCUGUACAAGAAGGCAAAGGAGCAGCACAAACAGCUCAUCCGAGAGAGGAAGGAGAUGGUGGGCAAAAUCCAGAGUCUAGAAGGAAAGUGUCAGCAGCAGAUGAUGAUGAAGUUUGGCCGCUUGGUGGAUCUGGAGGCCCUACAGACCUUGUCUGUGAACACCAACCUAGAGGAGCUGAAGACAAGGUCAUCAGAGAGACAGGAGGAGAUGGACUAUGAGAUUGAACAGUGGAAGGAUAGGGUGGUGGAGAUGAAGAGGGGCCUGAUGGAGGUGACCCAGGAGCAGACGCGGAGGCUGGAGAGGAUGAACCAGCUGCUGACUGAGAAGAAGGCCAUCGAGGCAAAGCUUGAUGCUCAGCAAACCGUUGUGGGUGAAGAGUUUCAGGGGCCUCGGAAGGCCGACGGUCAGGAGAGACAGAAGCUGCUCCAGCUGGUAGAGAUGCAACUGGAAGAGAUUGAGAGCCUGAAAGAGGAGAUCGGUCUCCUGAGCAAGAAAGGAGGAAGUAUUCUGCCCCCCGCUCACCCGCCUGUGCCCCAUGGAACCGGCACCCUGGCCUAAGCCCAUUCCCGUCUGACCCCUCUGUGUCACUGCUGUUAUAGCCUCAGCCCAUGUUAUAGGCGGUGUCAUCCCUCAGAAGUACAAUGCGAAUUUCAUCAUUUAAUAGUGCAAGCAAACAAGUGGUUGUGUGAUAAUUAGUGCGGUAAGAGGGUUAUUACCGGGUCAGGAGACUGACCGGUGCACGGGAUUGGUAACAGUACAUUGGUUUGUGGGUGAACACGUGUUUAUAAAACCUGCUGCUGAUCCCUAUUCCACAUGAUUUCAAACUCUUUAUUAAAAUUAAAUAUUCGUUCUUCUGACAUGA